CAAAUUCACCUUUGUUACGGCGUCGUCGAGACGAAAUUGCUUUUGACGUCAGAAAGCUUUCGUUUCCCAAACGACUCCGACUUUCAUCGCCAUUUUGUUGGAAUUAGCCCAUAAUGCUGGCGGCCGCAUUAAAUGUAAAUUGCCUUACCGAGUAGUUUUAAAUUGUUUGCCAGCCAAAUUAUGUCUGGAGCAGCCGUGCAUGUCACGGGGGUCGUCGGGGAUCUCCACGGUGACGAAUUUAAGUUCUCUGAAAAAGAGAUCAAAGAGUAUGCACAGGAUGUUGGAAUUGAUCCAGAAAAAGAGCCAGAGCUUCUCUGUCUUGCCAAGGAGGCCAUGUUGAGCCAAUUGCCGACAGGAUGGUUGAAGCGUGAGGAUGAGAGCGGGAAAAUUUGCUAUUACAACUGCCAAUUAGACACAUGCAUUUGGGAACAUCCCUGCAAAGUGCGCUGUUGUCAGCUGGUGGUUCAAGAACGGGAGCGCACCCUGCACACACCUGUUGAUGUGAAGUCUGUGAAGAAGAAUAAGAAGAAAUUAAAAAAGAAACACGAGGAAAGGAAAAGGUUGAAAGAAUCCCUCAAAACACAAGGAGACUUAAGAGAGAGUGAUCCAGAACCAACAGAAGAUAGUAACACCAGGGCCAGUUCUGGAGACCACGUUUGCGACUCACCAGAGGAACAGAAUGAGGAGAAUAAGAAGACUGCAACAGCUGAAAGUUACCUUGAGUGGGCAGCAGCCGGCUUGCAAAUCCUUGAUGAGCACUCUGAUGAAGAAUUUAACUUCUCCGAACAAGGCAUCAAGGAAUAUGCUCAGGAUCUUGGCAUUGAUCCAGAGAAAGAGCCUGGCCUUGUGUAUCUUGCCGAAGAGGCCAUGUUUGCAGUACUUCCUCCUGAUUGGAUUGCUUUUUUAGACAAGAGUGGGAAUGUUUUCUUUCACAACUACCGUACAGCUACAUCCUCAUGGGAACAUCCUAUCGACGUGCACUACCGCAAACUGGCGGCUCAGGAGCGCAAGCGCAUACAGCAGGCGGCUCUCUUGGCAUCAGAAGGCAAACAGAACAUGGAGAAAACAAAUAGCAAUUGCAGAGCCCCUGAUGCUGAUUCAACAGAGGAUGUGACCAAGCCAGAAGUGGCUGACAAGGCCGAUUCUGAGAACCACUGCACUGAAAUGCCACAGCAUGAAAAGAAGAAUUCACGUAGCAUUUGUGUGGAUUCAGCAGAAGAGAUUACAAAGACCAAAACUCAAUCAGCGCAGCACCAGCUGUUGGAAGAGCUGUUGGAUUCCACUCAUAUUUUGGCAACAGAUACUGAAAAAGUGGGAAAUGAAGAGGAAAAAUGUGAAAAUGUUGGGAUUGCCAUGAGGGAUAAUUAUCAUGCAGACAAACAACUUCAAAAAGCUGCUCCUCAAUUAUCUAAUCCCUCAAAUUACAAGAGCGCAGUGAAAGAAAACCAAAACUAUGAAAUCACACCAGAAGAGGAGAUGGGAGAAAGGGAAGAGAAGUGCAGGACUGACAAAGAGCAGGGUGAUCUCAGACAGAAAAAUGUUGUGAAGGAGGACACAAAACAUUUAAUUGGGGAUGAGUCACCAAUGCAUAUUCUCCAUAAAGAGAUGAAGAGAGGUGAAGUGGGGGAGGUGUGGCUGUUGAAAAGUGAAAUGGAAAUUGGAAUGCAUCACCUCAACAAAGGGAAAGAAGGACAACUCCAUCAGGAACCCCUGAAGAGAGAGAAGGAGAGAUUGUUGAGAAAGGGGCGCUACCAGGAGCAGCUGAAGAGAGAGGAAGAGGAGGAAAUGGAGAGACUGCGACUCGAAAAAGUGACAAGGCAGUUCUACCACGAACAACAAAGGAGGGAGGAAGAGAUGGAGGCAGCGCGCUUAAUGAGGGAAACGGAAACAAGAAUCCAGCGCUACCAGAUGGAGCUGAAAAGGAAGGAAGAGGAGGAGAUGGAGCGCUUAAAGACGGAGAUGGAAACUAGGACAUGUCACUAUAAGAAGGAACUGACUACGGAAGAAGAGAAAGAGGUGGAACAAUUCAAAAGGGAAAGGGAGAAUAAAAUACAUUUCUUGCAGGAGGAACUUAGGAAAGAGGAGUUGGAGGAGGAAAAGCAAAUGGAGCAUUUGAAGAAAGACAAAGAGUUGAGAAGACAGAACUACCUAGAGAAACUGAGGAAGGAGGAAGAGAGAGAAGUUGAACAGUACAAGAGGGAAAAAGAAAUGAGAAUUUGCCUCCUGAAGAUGGAGGAAGAUACAGAGGUGGAAAGAUUCAAGCGAGAGAAAGAGAUGAGAGAAAGUCUCCGCCUUGAGGAGAGGAAGAACGAAGAGGAAGAGGCAAAGACCUUCCAACGGGAUAAGGAGACCAGAAUGCAUCUUUUUCAGAAAAAGAUGAUCCAAGAACAAGAGGAGGAAAUGCAACGGUUGAGGAAGGAAAAGGAGAAGCAAAUACGCUUUCACCAGGAGGAGCUGAGGAGAGCGGAAGAGGAAGAGUUGGAGCGAUUAAAGGCAGAGAAAGAGGCAAGAAUGAGUCAGCACUGGGAACAGCAAAGCAGAGAACAAGAGGAUAAGAUGUUGCAGAGCGAGGAGAUGAGAACAAAAAUUGAGGUUGAGAAAAAAGCGCUCCUCUCUCAGGAGGCGCAAGGGGGAGAGGAAGCGGACGGGAAAGAGCAGUUGAUGAUGGACAAAGAGAAGAGAAUAGUUCUCUGUCUGGAGGAGCUGAGGAGGGACGAAGACAAGGAGAUACAGUGGUUAAAACAAGACAAGGAGUCUCGAGUGCAACUCUGUCACAAAGAGUUAAUGCGAGGGGAAGAGGAGGAGGUGAAGAGAUUGAAGACAGAGAAGGAGGAACGAAUUCAAUGUCGCCUGCAGGAGCUGAGAAGAGAGGAAGACGCACAGGUUGAGGAGUUGAAAAGGGAGGAGACCAGAAUAAGGCAUGAGAUGCGCCUCUGCAAGGAGAACUCAAUGAGAGAACAAGAAGACGAGGCGGCGCAGUUAAGAACAACGAAGGAAAUGACAAUGCGCUCAUGCCGGGAAGAGCUGAAAAAGGAGGAAAAGGAGGAGGUGAAGGGGUUGAAAACUGAAAUGGAGAGGAGAAUCGACCUUUGCCGCGAAAAGCUGAAAAGAGAGCAAGAGGAGGAGGAAGAGAAGUUGAAGAGCGAGAUGGAGGCACGAAUGUGCGUCCAACGCGAUAGGCUCGCGAGAGAAGAAAGGGAAGAGGUUGAGCAACUGAAUACUCAAAAGAAGGUAAAACUGGAACUCUACCAGGAGAAGCUAAAAAGGGAGGAAAAAGAGGAGGAAGAACAGCUGAAGGCAGAAAAGGAGGCUAGAAUAGGUCUGCGUCGGGAAGAGUUAAGGAGAGCGGAAGAACAAGAGAUGGAAGACUGUGAGCGGGAGGAGGCAAGAUUAAAGUCCGAGAUAGAAAUGAGGUUGCAUAUCUGCGAGGAGGGUCUCAGGAAAGAGGAAGAGCACGAAGUAAAGGAGUUAAGGAUGGAGAAGGAGGUCAGAGUGCGCCUUCGCCGGGACAAGUUGAGAAAGGACAAAAUGGCGGAGGUGAAACAGAUGAAGACAGCCAAGGAGACACGAGUACAUCAACGCAGGCAGGAGCUGAGGAGAGAGGAAGAGGAGGCCAUGCAGCAGCUGAAGGCGGAAAAAGAGGUCAAAAUGCAUCUUAACCGGGAGGAGCUACGUCGCGAGGAAGAGGAGGAGUUGGAGCGCUUCAAACAGGAAAAAGAAAUGAGAAUGCGUCGCUGCCGAGAGGAGCUAAGGAGAGCGGAACAUGAGGUGGAGAAGUUGAAGGAGGAAGAGCGGGAGAAAAAGAAAGAAAUUGAGAGGAGAUUGCACCUUCGCCAGCAGGAGCUGAUACGUGAGGAGGAGGAGGAGCUGCAGCGGUUGAGGACCGCAAAGGAGGCAAGAAUGAGCGUGUUCCAUGAAGAGCUGAGGCGAGAGGAAGAAGAGGAAGCUGAGCGUUUAAAAAGUGAAGUUGAGAGGAGAAUGCGUCUUCAGCAGCAGGAUCUGAUGAGAGAGGAAGAAGAAGAGCUCGAGCACCUGAAGACGGUGAAGGAGGCAAAAGUGAGAGACUACCUGGAGGAACUCGGCAAAGAGCUCAGCGAGGAGUUUGCGUGUUUGAAGAGGGAGAAGGAGAUGCAAAUGCACUUCCAGCACGAGGAGUUGAGGAGAGAGAAAGAAGAAGCCGCCAAGCGCCUGGAGACUGACAGGGAGAGCAGAAUACAGUUCCACAUGCAGGAAAUGAGAAGGAAAGAAGCGGAGGAGGUGGAGCAGUUUAUGAGGGAGAAGGAGAUGCGGUUAAAGGCGGAGAUGGACAAAAGAAUGAGCGUUUUGCAGGAGCAGCUCAGAAGAGAGGAAGAGGAGAAUGCCGAACUUUUGAAGAGGAGGAAGGAGACGAAGAUCAACAUUUACCAGGAGGAACUGAGGAGAGAAGAAGAGGAGGAGGCGGAACGUAUGAAGAAGGAAAAAGAAAGCAGAAUGUCUCUCCGCCAAGAGGAGCUGAGGAAGGAGGAAGAAGCGGAGGCGGAGCUUUUGAAAAGAGAGAAGGAGGCGAGAGCGUACCGGCAAAAGAAUGAGCUGAAGAGAGAGGAAGAGGAAGAGGACCAGUUAAAGAGGGAGAAAUUGAAGAAGAUGCGCGCCCGGCAGGAAAAGCUGCGGCGAGAGAGAGAAGAAAAUGUGGAGAGGUGGAGGAAUGAAAAGGAGGCCCGGCUGCGUUUGCGCCAGGAGAGGGCCAAGGUCAAGAAAACAUGCGUGCGCCACGAGGACGUAAUCAAAGAGGAGGAUGCGGAAUCGCUCGCGAGGGAGAAGGAGAACCAGCCAAACGAAGAGGCAGAACUACUAAGGAAGGGAAAGCUCGUGCUUUCACGCAAAGAAGAGGAACAGGGAGAGGGCGUCGUGCACCUCAAGAAAGGGUGGAAACAGCCAAGGGAGGACAACGCGGAGCCGCUUCAGAGAGAAAAUGGAACCAGAAGUCAUUUUCUACAGGAGAGGAUACAGCGAGAAGCGGACGCGUUGAAGAGCAAGAACAGAACAGGCCUCCCUCUGGAGAAACUGACAACAGCGAAAGAGGGAGAGACCGCGAACGCGGAGAAGAGACCAGGAGCCCACCAGGCCAAGCUGGGAGAGCAAAAAGUGGCAGACUAUUUGAAACGGGCGAACCCCAAGCCACUGCGUCUCAGUCAGGACAAAGUGAGCAAGGAAGAGGAGGAUGAGGAGGAGGAAGAGGAGGAGGAGGAGGAGGAGGACACUGAGAAAUUGAAGAUGGAAAAGGAGAAGAGGACACAGCUUCGCCAGGAGGAACUGAGGAGAGAGGAAGCGGACGAGAUGGAGCGGCUCAAAAAGGAAAAAGAGCAAAGAACGCAUCGCCGCCAGGAGGAGCUCAGGAGACAGGAACAGGAGGAGGUGCAACGCCUGAAAAGGGAAAAGGAAACGAGGAUUCUCCUCCGCCAGGAGGAGCUGAGGGGCGAGGAAGACGAGAAGGCGCAAUUUCUGAAACAGGAGAAGGAGAGAAAAACACGGCUCCUCGUGGAGCAAUUGAAGAGAGAGGAGGAAGAUGAGGUGGCACGGCUGAAGUGGGAAAAGGAGAAGAGAACGCGUCUUCUGCAGGAGAAGCUGUGGAGAGAGGAAGAGGAGGAGAGGUUGAACCGAGAGAAAGAGAAAAGAACACGUCUCCGACAAAUGGAGCUGACCCGACAGGAGGAGGAGGAGCGGCUGAAGAAGGAGAACGAGAAAAGAGCACUUCUUCGCCGGGAGGAGCUGGUUAAGGAGGAGGAGGAGGAGGCUGAGAGGUUACAAAGGGAAAAGGACCAGAGAAUGCUUUUACACCAAGAGUAUCUGAAGAAUGAGGAAGAGAAAGAAGCCGAAAGGUUAAAAAGGGAAAAGGAUAAACGAAUGCGUCUUCUCCUGGAGGAGCUCAAGCGGGAGGAGGAGGAAGAGCGCUUACAAAGGGAGAAGGAAAAGAGGAUACGCCUCUGUCUGGAUGAGCUCCAAAGAGAGGAAGAGGUGGAGAUGGUCAAGCUCAAGAGGGAAAAGGAAAAGAGAAUGCGCCUCUGCCAGGAGAGGUUAAAAAGAGAAGAGGAGGACGAGGUGGAGAAGUUAAAGAGGAAGAAGGAGAAGAGACUGCAUCUUCGCCAGGUGGAGCUGAGGAGAGUGGAAGAGGAGGAGUUGGAGCACUUAAGGGAUAAGAAAAUGGGCCUCUUCCAACUGGAUCUGCGGAGCGAGAAAGAGCGCGAGUUGGAGAGAUUGACUCAUAAGAAACAAAAGAGAAUGCGUCUUCAUCAGAUGGGCCUGAGGGGAGAAGAGGAGAAGAAGAAACUGAAGACGGAGUACAAGGAAAGGCUGAGGGCUUUGCGGCAGUGUCUGCUGGCCAAGAGGAGGGAUGAGGAGGCAUUGUUGAUGUCUGACCAGAAGGAGGAAUUAACAGAAUCUGUCCAGAAAGAGAGAGAGGAGGAGCAAUUUAAAAUCAGGCAGGACCGUGAAGCUGUUCUGAGAGCACUUUGCAUUGCACUGGAAGAAGAAAGGCAUCAAAACGUUGACCUGUCCGAUCACCCCCCGCAAAGGAGGCAAUACUUUGAGCAUCUGAAGGCAGAAUCCGAAGAGGAGCUGCAGCAGGAGAACAGCAGACAACAGGACGACGGCAUGAAGAAUUUGAAUUUCUUUAAACCCGAGCUAGGAGACAUGAAGGUCGGCAAUCUGACAGAUUCAAUCUUCAACGGGACUCUUGAUCUCAUGGGACAGGCCAUCCCGCCCACAUGGCCGAAGUAGCAGGAUCAGCUCUUCUGUGCUUCCUGACCCAAGGUUCAGAAGCAUCACAGCAUGUCCAGCUAUUCUCAGUUGAUGGGUUUUAAUGCGGGUGUGCGUGCGUGAAUG